AUGGGUAUGUCAAAGGACAAGCAAGGCUUCCUGACCAUCGAGGCAAAGCCCUACCCCUUUUCCUUCCCUCUCAAGCACACCGCGCUGCUGGUGAUUGACAUGCAGCGCGACUUCAUCUGUGCUGGAGGCUUUGGCGAGAUCCAAGGCGGAAAUCUAGAGGCCGUUCAGGCCUCGAUUGCUCCGACGAAGCAACUACUGGACGCAUGCCGUGAUGCUGGCCUGCACAUCUUCCAUACCAGAGAAGGACAAGUCCCUUCCCUGGCUGACUGUCCUUCGUCGAAACUUGUUCGACAGGCUGCCGCUCCGGGCAACACGCAACAUCUGAAAGUGAUUGGCGACAAAGGCGACAUGGGCCGUCUCUUGGUGCGCGGGGAGUACGGGCAUGAUAUCGUCGACGAGCUGCAGCCGCUGCCUUCCGAGGUGGUCAUUGACAAGCCCGGCAAGGGGUCAUUCUGGAAUACUCCGAUCCUCCACAAGCUGAAAGCCGGCGGGAUCACUCACCUUCUCGUUUCGGGCGUCACGACCGAAUGCUGCUUCUCCACCACCAUCAGAGAAGCGAAUGACCGAGGGUUCGAGUGCUGUGGCAUCGUCCAGAGCACGGCCGGCUACAACGCGGCCUUCAAGACCGCCUCCCUGGACAUGAUACACUGGUCACAGGGUCUGUUUGGGUUUGUGGCCGAUCUCCAACCUGUUCUGGACGUGCUUUCCCCGUGGCAAAGUCAGAACAAAGGAGUCAGCACGCCUCCACAGACACCGCCGUCCUGGGAUGGGAAGCUCGGGAUCGCUGAUCUCCAAGCCUCGUAUAAGCGCGGACUGUCCCCCCUUGAGUUGGUCAAUGCGCUGUUCGACCGGAUCGAGAAGUAUGAACACAUUGACGGGGCGGUCUGGAUCCGACGAGAGUCGCGAGCGGGGGUUUUGGAUCAAGCCCGACGUCUGCUCGAGCUGUACCCGGACAAGAAUGCGCGCCCGGCAUUGUUCGGUGUGCCUUUCACGGUCAAGGACUCUAUUGACGUCCAAGGAGUCGAAACCACCACGGCCUGUCCCCCACUGGCAUUCGUGGCGACCAGAUCUGCAACGUGCUACCAGAAGGUGGUGGGACAAGGUGCCCUAUACCUGGGCAAGGUCAACUUGGAUCAAUUGGCAACUGGACUGAGCGGGUGCAGAAGUCCGUUUGGCAUCACACACUCCGUUUUCAGCGACGAGCAUAUCUCUGGCGGGAGUAGUAGCGGAAGUUGUGUGAGCGUAGGCGCAGAUCUGGCGACCUUCUCGCUAGCAACAGACACCGCUGGGUCUGGACGAGUGCCAGCUGGCUUCAACGGUGUUGUGGGAUACAAGCCUACACGCGGGUUGGUGUCUUUUGAGGGCGUGACGCCCGCUUGCUUGUCGCUUGAUUGCAUCGCUUUCACAGCCAGGACGGUCGAAGACGCACGCACGCUGUGGCAGGUCUGCGAGGGAUACGAUGAAAACGAUCGUUAUGCCAGAGAUACAUUUCCGGCUGAACGACACGUCAACUCGAUAGGGGCACAAAGAGAAACCUUUCGAUUUGGAAUCCCUCCUCCCGAGCUUCUCGAAGUGUGUUCGCCUAGCUUCCGAAAACUGUUUAAUGAGGCCAUUUCACGACUUCAAGGCAUGGGAGGCACUCUGGUACCCAUGGACUGGACUCCAUUCCAGAAAGCGGGCGACUUGCUCUACGAAGGCACGUUCGUCUCAGAGCGAUUGGCUAGCCUAGCAGACGAUUUCCUGGAGAAGAACAGACAGCAUCUGCAUCCAGUCAUCCUGGAGUUGUUCGAGAAGGUGGUGGCACGACAGAGCACGGCGGUGCAGUUGUUCAGAGAACUCCAGGCCAAGGCGCUGUACACGCGACAAGCCACGUCGCAAUUCAGGUCUGCAGAUCGAUCUGGGCUUGACGUCGUGGUGGUGCCCACGGCGCCGUGGCAUCCCACCAUCAAGGAAAUGCUUGCAGAUCCCAUCCGGCUGAACGCGAAGAUGGGCACCUUUACCCAUUUCGCCAACGUGUUGGACAUGUGUGGCAUUGCCGUGCCAUCUUCGACGUACCAGGAAAGCGAGGCUGGACCUCGAUUGCCAUUCAGUAUCACGUUGCUGGGCAGCCGUUGCUCGGACAGCGAGGUGCUGGAUAUCGCCAGCCGCUAUCAGGAGGCGACGGCGCGAUAG